AAGUCAAUACUCUGACAACUACCAUGGCAGCGAAAGCGGCACCAUCGUACUUGGAGCAUACUCGCGAUACUGAUGGACCCGAGCUUUGGUGUGUGCCUAGUAUCGAGCUAGGCUCCGCCACACCAAACACCUUUUAUGGGGUGACCAUGGCUUCCGGCCAAUUCAACGCCACUGAUGAAAAUGGUAUUGAUGGAGCGAUAGAGUACGAGCCAAGCGUGGGUGCCCCUGAUGCAGGUGGCUUCCUCUUUCCUCCCGGUCCCACCAGGCUAACCGUCACUGUUAAGGAUCUCUGCGGUAUUCCUUCGACAUGUGAAAUCCUAAUCAUCAAUACACUCGUUGAGUUACCAGUCACCAAUUGCUUUUUGGAGGAGGCCAUCUUCAGAAUUGUAACCACUGAUAACGACGCAGCCACAUAUACGUUCGACCCUUCAAAUUUUUACAGCCACGGAGAUGUCCAAACACGAGACAUGUAUUACUACCAUGGAUCCAGCGGAAUGCCUACUGUUCAAUUUUUAACCAGUCCACCACUGGCUGGACCACCAUUCAUGUUCCCGGUCGAACCAACUCAUAUUUUGACCACCAGGAUCAGCGACACACAGCUAAGCUACGAAUGCACUGUAGACUUCUAUGUUGAAGAUGGACAGAAACCAGAGGUCGUAUGCCCAGCUGACUUCACCUCCGAUACACUCACUGUAUCAUUCUCAGCGAUUGUCACAGACAAUGCUGACCCUGCACCAGAGUUGAGGUAUGAGCCUCUAGGGCCAGGUUCUACCUUCCCUCUGGGUCCAACGACAGUCACUGUCACAGCCACAGACUGGUUCUAUUACGAAGACUCAUGCACAUUUACUGUUACGGUGACAGAUAAUGUAAAUCCUGUGGUCGAAUGCCCAGCUGACUUCACCUCCGAUACACUCACUGUAUCAUUCCCGGUGGAUGUCACAGACAAUGUUGAUCCUGCACCAGCGUUGACCUAUGAGCCUCUAGGGCCAGGUUCUGUUUUUCCUCUGGGUCCAACGACAGUCACUGUCACAGCCACAGACAGUUCAUCAAACGAACACUCAUGUUCAUUUACUGUAACGGUGACAGGUAAGUACAUCAAACCAACACUCAUGUUCAUUUACUGUUACGGUGACAGUUACUAGCUGCUUUUGAGAAUAAUACAUUCUGGAAGCAUGCAAGUGGUGGAAUUCCAGAACCGUUUUCAGGCCAGAUACUCCAGUUCUUUCUCGGUGAACUCACCCCUGCUAAUUAUCAACUUUACCGUGGUCAUGUCAUAGUCAAACAACGGUCAUAUUAUCGUCACCCUUCCCAGGCCCAGUAACAACUCGGGAUACAAAUUUCUUCAUAAUAUUUAAAGGAACGUAGAUUUUAUUAAUUCAUCAUGGUAGUCAUCACAUCAGGGGUGGAAUAAAUGUUUGCACCAAUAUUAUUUUGAUACUUUAAACACUAAUUUGCGAGGAGAGCCCGGAAUAUUCUAUUCUUUUUCCCC